CACCACAGAAAAUCUCAUCUCUAAUUGAUUUACAAAUGGGGAAUUGUGGAGCUCAUUUUCCUAGUUUCUUAAAAUUUUUUCGCAUUGGUAAACAGAAGUAAAAGCAAAGAUGUUUUUGUCAAUUGCUCCACCCCUUAUGGACUUUGAAGAUGAAUUGUUGUGGAUAAAUCAGUGCAACAAUGAAAACCUCAACAUUUUGUAUGAUAAAUCCAACUACGUUACACCAAACACAAAACACCUGAUUGAACAAGCCUUUCUCCAGCCAUUAAGUCUCAGCGAUCAACAGAUUCUCUUCGAUGAUCUUCUGAAGCAAAAUAGAAACAUUGCCCACCAAUAUGGAUUGACGCCAGCCAAGCUGCCUUCAUUGGUGGAAAAUAAUCCGCUAAUUUCUAUCGAAAUACUGUUAAGACUUAUGCUGACAACCGACAUAACCGAAUAUUUCAAUAUAUUGGUACACAUGGAUAUAACCCUACAUUCCAUGGAAGUUGUAAACAGGCUCACAACGUCAGGUCCUUUACCUACCGAAUUUAUCCAUUUGUAUAUCAGUAAUUGUAUAUCAACGUGUGAGGGGCUUGUUAAGGACAAAUACAUGCAAUCACGUCUGGUACGAUUAGUUUGCGUUUUUCUACAGUCCUUAAUUCGAAACAAAAUUGUUAAUGUCAAGGAAUUAUUUAUCGAAAUUGAAGCGUUUUGUGUGGGUUUUAGCAAAAUUAAGGAAGCUGCUGCUUUAUACCGACUUAUCAAACAUUUGGAAAUUGAUACCCCACAAACUUCAAAUACUUUAACGAAAUAAUGACUAUAAAAUUUAUAAGACCCAAUAAAAAAUUGAAGCAAUGAUUAUAUCUAUGGUAA